CGUCUAAGUGGUCCGACUCGCCUGCUUUCAUUGGUAAACUGCAAAAAGCGGGCUUUUAAAAAGGCUUCAAAGCUCUAAAAGUUAAACAAUACAUCAGCAAACGUGUGCAGGAAAAACCUGUGCGGCAACUUGACAAAACAACUUCUACAAUGUCCACACGCAUUCUCAGUCGUGCUCGCAACCCUGGGAGAGGACAGAGGGAUUACUCACAACACAACAACUUCAUCAGGACCCGCCUCACAGCCAUGGUGGACGCAGCCACGGCCGAGCAGUUCCUGGACGCCAACCCGCAGUUCGCCAAAGACUACUACGAUGUCAACUUCAGGCCCAAAGUGGUGUCGGAGCUGCUGGACAACAACCGCAGGACGGCGGUGGACGUCAGCCACUUCCACCAGCUGAGCAUGGUGGAGGAGAGCGAGGUCCUGUUCGACCUGGUGCGCGACAUCCAGGACAACCUGCAGAUGGAGAAGUCCGUCUUCAACCUGAUGAGGCACCUCAGCUUCAUGAUGAGGGCCGAGCGCAUGAGCCUCUUCAUGUACCGCCAGAGGAACGGCGUGGCCGAGCUGGCCACCAGGUUGUUUAACGUCCACAAAGAUGCCGUGUUUGACGACUGCUUGGUGCCGCCUGACAGUGAAAUAGUCUACCCGCUGGACUUGGGCAUCGUGGGUCAUGUGGCCUCCACCAAGAAGAUGGUCAACGUGCCCAAUGUGUCCCAGGAUCCUCACUUCAGCAACUUUGUGGACGAGCUGACGGAGUACACCACCAAGAACGUCCUGGCCGUGCCCAUCAUGAACGGCAAAGACAUGGUGGCAGUCAUGAUGGCCACCAACAAGAUGGAGGCGCCGCACUUCACCGCCAAGGACGAAGAGACCUUGAACAAGUAUCUGAACUUUGCAAACCUGGUCCUGAGAGUGUUCCACCUGAGCUACCUGCACAACUGUGAGACCAGGAAGGGACAGGUGCUGCUGUGGUCGGCCAGCAAGGUGUUUGAGGAGCUGACCGACAUCGAGAGGCAGUUCCACAAGGCCUUGUACACCGUCAGAGCCUUCCUCAACUGUGACCGCUACUCUGUGGGCCUGCUGGACAUGACCAAGACUAAGCCAUUAACUGCCUUCAAGACCACCCCCAAAUCACAGCGGCAGAAGCGUAGACUCUCCCACUGGGCGGGUCCUCUCAGCUGCACGCUGACGUCUAACUCCUAA